CUAUGAAUUCAGUUUAGCUGAGAGUCUAUCGGAUAUCGGUCGUGUACAUUACCGUUAUAGCGCGCGAAACGACAUCGACGACGAAUACGACCACGACAAUCUGGCAACAAUUUUGUGUGUAACCGACGUCUUUGCCGUAUGGCAAUGCCACAGCUUAUCGCGAUAAAUUGUUUUCGACUUAUUCAUUGACUAUAAACACAUAUCUUACUGCAUUUGAUCACAUUUGCGGCUAACGCUCUUGCAAUCACAGUUCACCGAGCGGGAUUUAAAGGUGCUACCAGUGAAUGUAUUGGAAAUAAACCGACGAAAAAGCAAAAUAAAUCAGACAUUCAAACCCGAAUAUCAACACAGAACUUGAACAUUUGCGCGAAAGAGUAAAACUUUAUUUUUCGGUGGUUUUGGUUACCAGUUGCUUCUUCGACGCAAAAAGAAAUAAGCGAAAAAAUCAAACAGUCAACAUUCCGAUAACUUUGAUAUAUCAAAUCUGUUCAAGCUGAGUGUGCGUGUCGUGUGUGUGUGUGUGUGUGGCUAUGUGUGCUUGUGAACCAUUAUAACCGAAAGAAAUAUUUCGAAAACGAUUCAAUAUUUGCAUAAACGCGACGCAAUUCAAAGUACAAGCGCACCGUUCGAAUUGUUAUUCUUGGCCGACUGAAAAAAAAAGAAGCGUGUGCUCAUUUAAUUACACACAUAUGACAACAAUUUAUGCACAUACUAUACCAAAAUUUAUAUAUGUAUAUUGACGUCAUUUUUUUUCUUUCCCCUUGGUGCGGUUUCAUUUGUUUGGCUUAAAUUCAUUUUGGAAGAAAAUAAAAUAUUUCUGUUGUGUAAUACAUAUAUAAAAGAAAAACAUUUAUACACCGAAUGAAGAAAAAAAACACACACACAUACGCCGAAUGUGAAGCAUUUAAAUUGAAAUGCGUCUCCCGCUUGCUAUUAUUUUUUGUGUAAACAAAGCACGCAUUUUCGAAAUUUCACAGAAAAAGAAUAAAACGACAAAACAAACACGGCAUUUUUUUCUGUUCAAAUUUAUAUUCAUCGCAUACAAAAGCAAUGAAAGAAAAGCGACAAGGGGAAAAAAACUGCAUUUUUGUCCGUAUCGAAAUAUUAAACCAACCGAUACUCACAUUCUGCGGUGAUGUUUUAGUUGUGUAAAUCAAGUGAGGAUUUUACAUGUUUCGGUCCAACUUUGGAAAUUCAUUUAUUGUUUUUAACGAAAAUCCCAGACGAAAAAGAAAAAACAACAAGACAAAUUAAUUUAAAAAAAAAGAAGUCAAAAUUAGAAUCGGCGACCAGAGUCGGAGAGUGAACGAAAAAAUAUUCUGUUAGUUUAGUGCUGUAGUGUGUGAAUGUGAAUUUUACUCAGUUUUUAUUUUCUGUUGCUUUCCACACUUGAAUUCGAAAGUGGAAAUAAUUUUGUGUCAAGAUCAAUAACGACUGUGUCUGAGUGCUUUGCAAAAUGAAAUAGUACCCAAAAAAUAAAAUGUUCACCAAAUUAAAAAAAAAACAACACUGCGGUGCAUUUGACAUAUAAAGAGAAAGAAGAGAGAAAAACGAGUGUAAUUUAUUAGAGUUAAGAGAGACGGAAAAACCAACAAACCAUCACGAAGUUAAAAAUUACAAGCGCCGCACAAAUUAUUCGUUUUUAUUUUGUGCUCUCUCUCUCUCUCUCGCUCUCUCGUCGGAAUUAAAGCAUUUUCGCUGCGAGCAGAAAAACGCGCAUCACAUUCAAAAAUAGGAACUACAAUUGGAAUCCACAAGAUGGACGCGUCGAAUUUCGAUUGAGUGGAGCGAAGGUUUUAUAUCGCAUACAUGUAAAAAGGAGGCGACAGCCAUCAAUUAGUCAUGUUGCUGCAAUCGGGUCAACAUAUGGGCGUCGAUCAUGUAUAUCACAUAAGCGAUAUGUCGAAAAUGCCGCCACCACCACCGACAAUUCUCGCAUCGGACGAAGUGACGCGCUAUUUGGAUUUAAUUCAAGAUACGCUCAAAGACGGUUGGACCGUGCACGCGACUAAAGAAGGUCGUCUCUACUACUGCAAUCACAUAACGAGAUCGGCUUCGUGGUUACCACCUGCUGAAUGCUGGACUCACAAUAUCGAAUAUCCGUACGGAUGGGAGAAAGCCAUCGAUGGAAAGGGUCGACCCUACUACGUCAAUCACUUGAAUAAAACGACCACAUACGAGGUGCCGAUUUGUUCUCAGUACGACAGCAGACCGCCUGAACCACGACUCGUGGUUUUAAAUCGUUGCCAGAAAAAUGGUUUUGGUUUUGUAGCUGGCAGUGAGCGGCCGGUUAUCGUGCGUUAUGUCACACCGGAUGGACCUAGUGUUAACCAUCUGCAACCAAAUGAUCAAAUAUUAGCUGUCAACGGGGAGGAUGUGAAGGAUGCACCUCGAGAUCAUGUUAUCCAAUUGGUUCGGUCAUGUGAAAUGCAAGUCAGCCUGUUGGUGUGCCAACCAGAGAUGUUACCAUGCUCGCCAGGUCGUAAAUCAACCCUGUUGUCACCUGCCCGAAAAGAGAAAUUGCGCAACAAACGACCGAGCCGUGUGCGAUUUGCUGAAAGUGUUUGUGUUAAUGGGGCGCCUUUAUUUCCCCCGUCUGCAUUUUCGUUGGGUGACUUGCAUGUGCCACAAAUGGCAAAUGUGCUCAAAGUCUUUCUGGAAAAUGGACAAACCAAAUCUUUCAAAUACGAUUCAACAACAACAGUUCGGGAUGUCGUCACAUCGUUGCGAGAUAAAUUGUGUUUAAGUGCCGACGAACACUUUAGCUUGGUGCUGGAGCAUGUGAAAAGCCUCAAACGGAAUAAACUGACGCUAUUAGAUCCCGAGGAAACACUGGCACGGAUAGCGGCACGGCCUGGAGCUCAUAAGUUGCGCUGUUUAUUCCGCGUGACAUUCGUACCAUUAUCGGCGGCAGCUCUAGCUCAAAAAGACUUAAACUCAUUGGAUUAUCUGUACAUGCAGUGCUGUAAUGAUGUAACCGUGGAACGUUUCUCGCCCGAGCUUCAACCAGAUGUUGCACUCCGUUUGGCUGCUCUACAAAUUCAUCAGCAUUCAUUAGCCAAUAACAUCUCACCGGCGAAAUUAACUGUUAAAACUGUUGAACGUGAAUUUGGUUUGGAGCGCUUCGUGCCAAUGUCGCUGAUCGAAAGUAUGAAGCGAAAAGAGUUGAGGCGAUUAAUUGGACACUUUUUAAAGUUGAAUCAACAAAUGACUGGAUCCAGCAAAAUGUUAACCCAAUUACAGGCUAAAAUUCAUUAUUUGGACAUAAUAUCGGGAUUGCCGAGCUAUGGUGCGAAAUGCUUCAGCACAAAUGCUCGCGAUGGCAUCGAACGAGUCUUAUUAGUUAGUCCACGUUUCGGUCUUAGUCAAAUACCGGGAAUUCGAAAUUCAGUGCCACAAACAAUUUGUAGUAUAGAAAGCCUAAGUCGAUUAGUUAUAACGCGCGAAGAUGAUAUCACCCAUACCGUUAGUAUUUAUAUGCAACCGGACCGUUUAGUAUCAUUUAUGAUGGAAGAUCGCGAUGCUCUAGAAUUUUCACUAGUCCUAGUCGGUUACCAUAAACUGUUGACAGGAAAACUAUUGCCUAUCGAUAAACAGUUGAUUGAAGAGGAAAUGGAGGAGAUAGCGCCACCAUUUUUAACGCCACAUUCAGUGUUGCCAUCAACAUGGAACUAUUUGCCGCAAGCGCAUGGACGUGCACACAAUAUGCUAUUUAUAAAUCCGCCACCAUAUCAUUCGGUGACAUCGUUACCGAUCGACAUCGUUGCCGAUCCCAAUCAAUGUGAUAGUAAUAUGAACACUACGCUGACCAAUAAUAACCACAAACAACAAAACGGAGUCGAUCAAUUCGGUUUUGACAUACACAGUGUUAUGACCAUGGAAAUACUCGAAGGCACUAAGGGCAAACCGAUCAAUGGAUUGAUUGAAACACGCAAUGAGGAGGUGUUGCGGCGAGUGGCCGAAAUGCAGAAGAUGGUGGAAAAUUCGGAGAAAUAUCUGAAUGAACAAGGCGAAUUGGUGCACGAGUGCGACAUGAAAACAAAUACACGGUUACCAUGGCAAAAUUUCGACUUUGAUAGCGAUUGCGAUAGUAUGAAUAGCAGUAAGCAAUCUUCGAAUGAAGAUACACCAGCACCAGGCGUUCUCAAGCAUAGUGACUCACUCGUUUUACUGGCGGAAUCCAUAAAUUUGGAUUUGAAUGGAAUUACUAAAGGACUGAAUUUGAUUGGAGCCAAUGGAUUUGAAAGCACCAAUGGUGGCAAUAAAUCGCAAGAGAAUACACCAAAACCACAACGUAAAGUGCAAGGGUUGAGUCAGUUGCUAAGUGAUUUGCAUGCAAUUAGCAAUGAUUUGUCGCAAAGCGAAAGUGAUUCGGAGUCAAUCAACACUCCAACCGGCUCACCGAUCCAUCGUCCGCAACCGGCCGAACGCAAAAAAGUGUUUCGCACCAGUUUUGGAUUGCACAGCCCAGACAGCUCAACGCUUGGUCCCGAUAAUAAAGACACCAAUUUGCGCGAGUAUUUGAAAUUGCUGAAGGAGGCUAGCAGCAAAGACAGCGCUGACAUUGAUCUGGCAGCAAAGAAGCUGAGCGAACUGUAUGGAUUCGAAAUCGGAGACGAUACAUUCAUCGAAUCAGAUCCGGAUGUUAUUGAUUUGACGGCUAUUCCACCACCGCAAACACCGGACGAACUGGACUCUUUGAAUGUUUUGAAUGCGGCACCAUCGGGAUUCGGCGAUAAGACGGCCCAAUCAGACGGUGAUUUAGAGAAAUUUUUAGCUCAAGUUGCAAUUGCACCUCCCACACAAAAAAUAACUCCGGCCAAAGAAUUGACUCCCGAAGAAAUUAUGUCGUACAUCAUCCCCCCUCCACCCUGUCUGAGUGACGACGAAUUGGAUGGUAAAAAAUCCAAAUCGAAUUCCCAUCACGAAGAGUCUUUGUAUAUGAAUUCAUCGAAAAAUGGACAAUCAUUGGGUGCUAAAAACAAAACCAUUGACUAUGCCACAGUCGAACGCAAAGGCCCAUUUUCAUGUUGUUCAAAAAAUAAGAAAGACGAAAAUGGCAUGAGUGUUCAAAGUAAUGUGAAAAAAAAUCCAAACUUGGAACUGCCACCGCGUCGAUGUGAGCACAAAGAGAAGCCCGUUCCACCAGAACGGCCACCCAAAAGCAAUGAUCUACAAGCUAGAAUCGCAUCUCCAACGAGUAAAUCAAGUUUAACCAACACAUUUCGAUUGAAUGGCGGCGGAAAUGGAGUUUACUAUGAAACGACACCACAAAAAGUUUUCCCCAUUGCACCAAAGCCUGCAUCUCCAAUAUUGAGCACACUUCCACCACGCAAACCAAACUUACCACCUGUUCCCGUUAAACCAGUGUUUAGACAACCGAUCCCACUCCCAAAAAUGAUAAACUCCGAUUCACGGAUCGCAGGUAUUGUAUCGCCACGAUUCCAACGUUAUCCGACAUCCGAAAACACAGACAGAGUGAUGACCAAUGGAAACGGUUGCACCAGUCCACCCAUCCAAUUGUCACCACGUUUAACGAACGGCCAUUUUCGUUUCAAUAGUGAAAGUCCCAAAGAAAAUGGUAGUUCAGUUUCGGUAUUAUUUUCACCACAAAUGAACCGAAAACUGAACCAUGAACCAAUCAAAUCUCCCCCAGUUAGUGCAAAUGGAAGUCCUUUAUUAGAAUCGCGUAAUGGUCAUGUAAUCAAUGUUGAAUCUCUUAUGGCAAAAACAGAUUUGGCAAUGGCUGGGCUUCUAAUGAAAUUGGAUCAAAUUGCGGCCCAGUGUCAGGCCGCCCAAUCGGCUGGCGGCGGUGCAUCAAUCGAUGAGGAAAAAUUCCAAAAGGCACGCAAUGAAUUAACUGAAAUCGCCACACAACUAGUCACAUCAUCCAAGGCUCUGGUUGCUACAAUGUCAAAAACACCACCAACCACACUACCCGAACAUCUAUCAGCCUGUUUAACCGCAUUGCGACGCAUCACUGAACUGGCUCAGGCCAUGACCAAGCACACAUCGGCACCACUUCAAACGCGAAACAUUGUACUGAAAGUGCACGAUGUUGCGUCCAGUUUUCGUGAAUUAGCUAACGUUCAAAUCGGCCCACUCGGUGCCGGAGCACAAGCUCUGCAAGCCGAAUGCCUAUUAAAUGUGUUGGCCACACUUAUAAGGAGCUUACGAGUCUUUUCUCCCUGAAUCUUACAUCUCUUUUCGCCAUAAAUUCCACUCUCUUUUUAUCACUUGCAAAUGGGUGUGAGUGGUAUUUCAUUAGUGUUUUCUGUAAAUUAUAUUUAAAGAGACAAACAAAAAUAUUGAAAAAAAAAUUAAUUACCAAACAAUGGACAUUUCACUUUUACCAUAUCAAACUAUUUACCUUCUUUCAUAAAACGAUUUACAAAUUUAUUAUAUGAAUCUAUAAAUGCUUUGGAAAUUAAAAUUCGGCAAAACAAAAACAAAUUUCGAAUAUAUAAAAAAAAUUGACUUUAUAGAAUAUUGAGAUGAAUAUGUUCUGUGACAAUUUGAAACGUUUAUUAUACGAUUUAUGUAAAACAUGAGCAAAGAAAGGAAACAAAACAAUUCUAUUGAUUCUAAUUUUAAGGUUAGUUUAUUUAGUUUUUAGUGCCUAAAUUUUGUUAAAACAAAUAUAUUUGAAGGAUUAUCGAAGACGGCGAGAGAACGCGCACGAUAAGGAGCGAAGAUUCUUUUUGCAUUGAUUGAUUAAUUGCUUUAUUUUGUUGUUUAGUGACGAACAAAGAAAAAAAAACUAUAAGAAAAAUUGAAAUAAGAUAACAUUGUGCAAUGAUGACGAGGAGGAACGUUGAUAUGUGUUCGGUGUUGAAAUGUAACUAGCAAAUGGAAAUCGAUAAUCAAAACUCAUAUUGACGUUAUAUAAAACAGAAAAAUCUAGCUAUAAAUGAAAACAAAAACAUAUUGAUAAUAAAAAUAAUCCUAACUGUUGAAUGUUAAUCAAGGUCCAUUAACAAGAACCAAAAUAAUAUGUUAUUUUCUGUGUAAACUUUUGUUUUGUUUUACAAACUUCAAAAACUAUCAAAAAUAUAGUCUUUUUUCUUUUA